AUGGACACACUUAAAAAAGUGGAACUAUUCAAGCAAUGCAGCGCCGGUUUCCUUUAUGAAGUGGUGCUCCGAAUCAAGCAGCAAAUAUUCAGCCCAAACGACUACCUCUUUAGAGCUGGUGAACGCGCCAAGGAGAUGUUCAUAGUGAAGCGUGGAACAUACGACGUAAUUUGA